AUGACCCCGGAUGCCCUAAGCCUCCCUCGCUUUCUCUCUCACAUUUCCGCCGCUUGCCCUCUCUCUCUCAGCCUCCCGCGCCGCCGCCCCUGCCUCGCCCCACGCGGCCCGGCCUCCCGCGCCGCCCUGCUGACGCCCCGCGAGGCCCGGCCUCCCGCGCCGCCGGCCGAGGCCCCGCGCCCAUCGCUCCCAUCGCUCCGACGCCCAUCGCUCCCCCUUCUCGACCGCUCCGACGCCCCCAUCUCUCCCGGCGAGCUCCACUGCACCAUCGGCGGCGGCGAAGAGCGGUGGCCGAGUCUCAAAAGCCCCCGUAGCGGUGGCGGCAACAAACCCCGGAACCCCGACGAGAUCCUGCGCGACUCCCACGCCGCCACCAACGCCUUCUCCACCUCCUUCGGCGGCGGCGCCGCGCUCGCCUGCGUCGGCCCCACCGCCUCCGCCUCCCCCGGCGGCUACCAGCGCAUGCGUGGCAGCGUCAGUGGACCAGCGCGUGCGGGGCAGCGGCGCCGGAGCAGUGCGCGCGGCGGCCCAUCCCCCAGCAGCGACGCCUCCCUAGCAGUCGUCCCGCAUUUCCGUCGCGAUCUGUCCCUCGGAGCUUCGGAGACUGGCGCGUGGCGUGAUGGAAGACCCUUGAGUUUGUCCAGGUUGUUAGGCUGUGUGCAAAAUCUAGAGAAGAUGUUUCAUCUCCUUCUGAGUUCUGAGCAUCUGACACUUCAUUAUCAGGUUAGGCACCUUGAUACCUCUGAAAAGAGUGAAUUGCACAAGCUACAGCAACUCAAAGAUGAAGAAGGUGAAUUGUCCAUCGCCGCGCAGUGCCUGCAGAAGCUCCCCGUCAGCAACAAGAAGUUCACCUACAACUGCGACGGCCACACCUUCAACUACCUCGUCGAGGACAGAUUCAUGUGGAGACUUGAAUCUGACAGAGACGAGGGGAGAAGAUGGCAACGAAAUUUAUGCCAUAGAGAGCACAACACCCAUCUGCUUCCUCAUUCAUACCGCAGGCACACAGGAGCAAAGGACUGUGUGGCUCCUGUUAAACAAGAACACCAGAAUUUUCGAAGGGAACACAAGUGGAACAAUGGAGAUGGAAGCAUUCCAGAACAUGUGUUUUAACUUCAACUCUACACAGAUAUUACCAUGCGACAGUAGCUCACUUCAGAAAUAUCAAGCGACGAACAAGGAAAGUGGCCACUGGCUUCUGAAAGAUGAAUUGGAUGCUUUUAACACUAGCUACGUCUGCUACAUUGGUCCUGAUGCAUCAGCAGGGGUUGUGUCUUGCAAUUUUGCAACACAUGUGACUAAGAUAAAAAGGCAGUGUGGUUCUCUUCUUGACGCAUGGGAUCAGCUGUCACAGGAACCGUGCUACAUGGUUGCUGGUUUCGCUUUGGGUGAUGUGAGACUUCUGCUUUCGCUUGAGAUUGCUCCAGUGAGCACAAGGGUUCCAAUUAAAUGACCAAUGGGCAUCUUGGUUGAAGAUCUUCUGACUUAUCUACAUGACCUGAAGGCAGCAAGCUUUCUGUCAGAUAAAACCAAAUCUACUGGGAAGGUGUAUUAUGGAAAUGUAUCAACAAAAUACAGUUCAACUCAUCAUCCCAGUGAGAGAGUGGCUUUGCUCUGCAAGAUUCAGUUAUCUCACCGAUUUGUAGUGACAUCAUGGAGGAAACAUACCCUUGACUGGAGAAGCUGCUUGUCACGUCUACUUAAGGUUGCCAAGGGUUCAGGUGAAGAAACAAGAGGGGCGGAGAUUGUCAGAAACUUUAUGAAGGACACCCUUGGCCGACCCUGCAACUGCAACGGCUCAUGCGCGUCGCAGGAAGUGAGGCUGCUUCGCCUUGCCUCCGGUCCUCAUGGUCUUGUGGAGUGCUCAAGGCUUCUCCACCUCAAGGGCGGCCACAGACUAUUUAAUGUUUGUACUAUCAUGUCUUCUCUACUUUCUAAAAAUAAUAAUGCUCGACAUUAACAAUGUUUGUACUAUCAUGUCUUCUCUACUUUCUUAUGUUGAAUGAGACGUGUGGACCUUGUUAUGAUGAAUGACAAUUGAGAACUUUUGUUAUGUUGAAUGACAUCGAUUUCGAUGUGUUUGAUAUGUGUGGACUGUGAAUAGAUAAUUUGUUCUGAUGGAAAUAUAUAUUUCUGUGGAAAAAUGAA